GAUGCCCUCACGAUGUCGAGCGAUCCUAGCAUGAGCAAACCCAGGUUACCGAAAGCCUAUACAGACGAACAGCUCCUCUUUCUCCGUAACCACCUCUCAGAAUUCGAAAAACGCUCCCAUGGCUCCAUUCGAGGAGAUGCUAAGAAAUUUGCACUCGAACGAGCAAAUGAAUUCAUCGCACACUUCGGUCUUCCAGACGAAUUUGAAGGUGUAGAGGAGCCUGAACCCCGGUUUCGAGAGCAAAUCUAUAAUUGGUAUAAAAAUACAGUUGGCAGAGCGAGAAGGAAGCUAGAGGGAAGACCUAGGUCAGCAAAGAAAGCAGCAGAGAAAGCUGCUGCAUUAGCCGCUCAAAAUACCAUCAGUUGGAACCCAAACCUAGCUUCACCAACUACCGUUCCGUAUGCUGCUCAAACCAAUGGACGGAACAUCGCCCCGUCGUCUCAGGCGGCACAGCAGACAGCUAUUCAGAUCCAGUACAACGGAUAUCAACCAUCUGGAUCUAUGAGCACGCCUGCUCCCAGUAUCUCAUUAAAUGUUACCAAGGCGACUCUUCGAGAGGCGCUGCUAACACCUGCCGUCGACACAGCUACUCUAUCAUCCUUAAUACAGAACUACAUUUUAUCUUACCCAUCUACAAUCCCGCUCACACCCGUUGUACAAGUUCUCUUUGAUGCUGUAUCUUCAUCAUCUUCAUCUCAGUCUGCAUCCCGUGGCAUUUCAACCAAUGAAACUAUCUACAGCCUGCUUCGCCGUUUCCUCGACGCUUGCUCAUACUUUCCUACAUCCCUUAUACAUGCAGGUGUAUCCGGUCCUCUAUCGGGUCCACGUGCUCUUCAGAUGGCAAUCCGCAAAUCAUCUGUCUGGGUCCCUAGUGGAUCUUCUCCAGGUGUUUCUUCCAUGACCGAUGAGAUGGAGCGCAUUGCAGCUGACCGUCAGCGUCGGAAAGAAUAUAUACAAUGGGCCCAGAUCCAUGCCGCAGCUUUGGAGCUCGGUAUCUUUGCCGUUCGAGGAAACUCAGAGGUCGGCUAUUCGGUGGGACAAUCUUUCUCGGACAUGAUGGUUCGAGAUGCAGUAUGGGAGCAGGAUGAGGCAGAAUGGGUCGCUGGUAUCUGUGUCUUGCGAGCCAUCAUCCGAACAAGCUCAACCGGUCAAAGGGAGGAAUAUGAACAACUCCUAAGGACUUAUGAAGGAAGGUGGAAAGAAAUUAAAGACGAAGCACGACAGGCUCUUGUGACGGACGUUUUACUUGGUGCCAAAGAGGACCUUAGUCGUUUAGAAUAAUACCUUAUAUUGUGAAGUGGUAUCUGCGAUAUCCCCUAUCACUUCAGAGCUUUUUCGCGUUAUGUUGUACUUUGGAGUUGUACAACUACGCCUAUUUAAUUGUAGACUUCCGGCAUUUCAAUACUGUAUCGUAUCGAGUUCUGGUCAUAUUACAUAGUACCAUUGUAAUUUCCGAGCUUGUGCUCGACCAAAAAUAAUGCCAACAAGCAUUUGCGUACAAUAAAUGCAGUUAGAAAACGUGGUUGAAUAAGGAUACACCUUGAAUCAAAAAUUAUGCACAAAAGCCAACGAAACAACAGUCAAACCUGAAGGCGAAAAAGCUCGAUGAUAAUGGACCAGUAAGCCAUACCCUGAAUAUUCAACGUUUUGCUCGUUUGACGUCUCCAGACACGCUCAUGUCAAGUGCCGCUAACGGCUCCCGUCUGAGAGAUGACCCUCCAUUAGGUUGUUGUGCCAAACCCAUACCUGGGAGAGGUCGUCGACUUCCUCCUGAUGCCAUUGCUUCGGCAUUUCUUUUCAAUCCC